GAGCCGGUGGGGGAGUCCAUUGGCUACAAGAUCAGCGGGGACACCAGAGUUCGGCCCGGCAAGACCAAGCUGGUCUACGUCACCACGGGGUACCUCCUGCAGGUCUUGGUGAACAACCCGGAGCAGAUCAAUGCCUACAGCCACCUCAUCCUAGAUGAGGUUCACGAGCGCGAUGUGGACUCCGACUUGCUCAGCUUAGUGGUUAAGCUCCAAAUGGCGGGCUACAACUUUAAGCUGGUCAUCAUGUCUGCGACUUUGCAGGGCGACCUCUUCACCCGCUACUUCUCCGACAAGAAGAUCAAGACCAUCUUCGUGGGGGUCAAGAGCUGCACGGUGGCCACGGUGUGCUGCCUGCUGCUGGUGAUGAGCCGAAUAGCGAAGCAGGCGUGGAAAAGGUCGGGCUUCCGUGCCGCUUUUUUGUCGCUGGCCGCGUGGCUGUCCAGCCGGCACUUGAACAGCCUCGGCUUAAGCUUCCGCGGUUGCUCAAAGGGAACCGGGCGGCGCGUGCGCUUUGAGACCCGCGAGCCCGUGCUGGUAGAGGUGCCGGACGUGCCAGAGCAUCGCCGGAACCAGCUGUGGUGGCAGCCCGAGGACUUUGUGGACUUCCUGAGGGUCCGCUUGGAAAUUGCCAGCGCCUACAAGGCUGCAGCGCAGACUUUGGGCGUGGAGAUGUUCAACGUGUGCAGCGUGGGUCCGCACGCGAAGGAGGCGUAUCGUGCCACCAUCGAGGCCUACCCUAGCCUGAAGGACGAAAGCCGGCGCGGCCUGGGCCUCGGUCGGCGACACCAGCGCGCCCAGAACCGGGACGCCUACAUCGCGGCGGUGGUACAGGAGCAGCGGCGUCAGCAUUAUCGAGGCGUCCAGAAUGCCGAGUUGCUGGCGCGGGUGGCACAAGAAGUCUCCAAGAAGGACCAGGACUACGCGCAUUUUUUGGCGAACAUGUACUUCGAGCAGGAGCAUGCCGAUGAGUCGGAGGGCAUCGAUCGCGUCUUUAGCGGCGACACCUUGGUCUCUGAGGAGUCCAACUCUCCCAAGGAAGCCAAGGCCGUCAACGCCUUGGCUCUUCCCGACGCGACACCUUCCAAUGACAGCGCGGGAGCCCCGCUGAGCUCGCCGCGGGACCCAAAGUCCACAAAGGGCUUUGGCCUGAGCCGCGAGAUCCUGCGGGAGGUGGGGCUCAGCGCCACGGGCCACUCCCUCAGCAAGUCCCAGCUCGCGGACGCGGAGACCUCCGAUCCCAGCUCCGCGUCCGAGAGCGGCAGCGACUUCGAGCUCGUGGCCAUGUGCCAUGUCGACCGAAGUUCGGAGACGGAUGCAGCGUCGGUGUGCGAGGCCUUUCUGAGCUCCCCGCAGAGGAGCUUCCUGGGUGUUUUACAGGAUGUCCAGCUUCAGGUUGAACCCACAAGGUACCCGGUGGAGGUGGUGCAUAUCGAGCAGCUCCUGGAUCGCUAUGGUGGAAGGUCGGGAGACUUCUUCACGAAGUCGGAAUGCACUCGGGGGUACCAGGUGCGCUCGAAUGUCGCGCGGCUCGAAAGGCGGGAGUCCCGGACGGGAGUUGGGAUCAUGACAAAGGCCCUGGACUUGGGGCUGAAGGCGUCUAACCCCAUGGCCCUGCGCAUCGCGUGGUCGCAGAUCGUGCUCGAGGAAGAGGAAAGCCGAGCGACGGCAAGGUCGAAUUCAAAGGAGCAUGGCGUCACCCCGCGCAGCCGCGGAUGGACAGCGCUACGCGUGCAAGCACCUCGAAAUGGAGGCGGAGGAGGUCGUGUUGGUUCGCCCGCGAGGUCCGGUCGGCCACAAGCGCCACCAAGUUGGCUUCACGGCAACCCCAAGCCUCGCCCUCUCCGAGCGCCCGUCUGCACCAAAGUGUCCCGUGCAGAGGCGCAAGAGGAGUGCGAGCGGUUGCGAGUGGACCUUGCGAAGGCUGUCCAGCAGAUUGAUUGGCUCUCCCAAGAGAUGCUGCGCUUGCGCCAGGACUUGGAGGAAGAGCAGACCAG